AUGGCGGGGUUCCUAGAUCCUCGGCGGGCCUCCCAAGCCAAGUCAAGGCUCAACUACCACGGCCACGACGACGAUGAGGAUGCUGAUAGUGACAUUAUCGAUCAUCUCCCACUAGCGGACUUGGGGAACAGCAAGCCUCCAUCACCCUUCCUCGCCCCCAACAUUCCUCGAGCCCUCUCUGCCAGCCCGAUGUCAGCAUACUCACGAACUUUAUCACCCGCCCCGCUUGGAGGAUACCACCACGAACCCCAUACACCAGGGGCUUCCGGGGCUAUGGGACGGUUCUGGACAAGGAAUCGGGGUGUGAUUCUGGUGGCGGUCUCGCAGCUCUUUGGGGCGCUGAUGAACCUCUCGGCGAGGCUUCUGGAGCUCGAGUCGAACAUGCACCCGCUGCAGAUAUUGUUUGCUCGCAUGAGUCUCACCACGGUGCUGUCUUGCUUAUACAUGUGGUGGAAUCAGGUACCUGACUUUCCGCUGGGUGCAAGGGGAAUCCGCGUUGUGUUGAUUGUGCGGGGUGUUUCGGGAUUUUUUGGAAUCUACGGAAUGUGGUAUUCCAUGAUGUACCUCCCCCUCGCCGAAGCCACCGUCAUCACCUUCCUCGCCCCCAUGUUAGCCGGCUACAUCUGCCACCUCUGGCUCAAAGACCCCUUCACGCGCAAAGAACAACUCGCCUCCCUCCUCGCCCUACUCGGCGUUGUCCUCAUCGCGCGGCCAACCUCUCUGUUCGGCAACAGCAACAACCCAGCUACCCCUGAAAACGCCGACAACACAACCACAACCGACGACCCCAACGAACCCACCCCCUCCCAACGCCUCUUCGCCAUCCUCAUCGGCCUCCUCGGCGUCCUCGGCGCAGCAGGCGCCUACACCACCAUCCGCUACAUCGGCACGCGCGCCCACGCCCUCAUCACAGUCAACUACUUCUCCGUCUGGAGCACCCUCGUCAGCACCGUCGCCCUCCUCCUCUGUCCCCUCCUCAACAUCGCCCAAUCCACCCCACCCGUCGUCAGCUUCGCCGGCCUGCUGCCCGGCACGGUGUACGAGUGGUUCUUGUUGCUGUCCUUGGGGCUGUGCGGGUUUAUCAUGCAGUUUAUGAUGACGGCGGGGAUUGGCGGGGAGAAGUCGAACCGCGCGACGGCGAUGGUGUAUACACAUAUGUUGUUUGCGGCGGGGUUUGAUAAGUGGGUGUUUGGGCAUGAGAUGGGGGUUGUGAGUGUGGUGGGGUGUGGGUUGAUUGUGGGGAGUGCGUUGUGGGCGGCGUUGAGUAGACAGAAGAAGGGUGGGAGUGGGGAGGAGGGGAGGAAGGAGGGGGAUGUGGAGGGGGGGUUGGGGGAUGAGGGG